AUGGAGGAGGGAAAAAUCGGAGCUAAUCACCUCAUUAUUGCUGGUAUUCUUACGCACAUUGAUUAUGCACGUGCAGAUUACCUCGCAAUGCAUCUUGAGCAACAUUUAAGCUUUCAUAUCGAAAGACAUGGCAAAUUACCAGAACAAUGGCAAGAAUAUUACGAAAAAGUACUUGUACCUCUUGAGAUAACAUCCGAUGCUAUCAAAGAAGGUCAAGUUACAAUUUAUUCUAGAGAAGGUAGACUUAUUGGUGAUGUAUCACAAUUUGAAAAGCUUAUGAAAACAAAAUACAACGUAUCUGUAACAUGUUCGAACGAAUGGCUCGAAGAGCUUAAAGAAAUGCACGAAAGAACUGCAAAACUUGCAAUUGCUGAUAAAGAAACAAACGAUUUCAACGAAAAAGUCGAUGCUUUUCUUAAACAGAGACAAGAUUCCCUUGAAAAAAUGCAAUCCAUUCUUGAAGGCCACAAAGAAACUGUUGCUACAGCAGAAAAAGCUGAUCAUGAAAUUCAAUCCAUUGUUGCUUACUUAAAACCAACGACAGAUGCAUGCUACGCACUCCACCACUACCCAGUACCAGAAGAAAAGAGUCCUGAAGAGGAAGAGAAGGGUGAAAGCUCAAAUGCCGAAGGAAAUGAAGAAAAUGCCGGCGAACAAGCAGAAGACGCACCAAAGCCAAUAGAAGAAGGGGAAAAGGCAGGAGAAGAGCAACCUCCAGCUGAAGAGCCAAAGCCAGAAGAACAACCACAAGAAAAUCCAGAAAAUGCAGAAAACCAAGAAAACCCAGAAGAGCCAAAACCAGAUGAGCAACCUAAAGCAGAGAACGGCGAAGAGGAAGAGAAUAAAACAGAAGAGCCAAAACCUGAGGAACCACCGAAGGAAGAAGAAGAAGUCGGAGAACCAGAUCCAGAAGCUGUCGAAUUACAAACAAAACUUCAAGAAGCAUUCAAAUUACCAGAACUUCCUGUUAUUCAGCAGAUGAUUGCUGCAGGAGAUAAGAACGGACUUCAAGACUUUGUCACUGAAGUUAAUCAGAUCUUCGAAGAUGCAGUCAAACUUGUUAAAGCUGAGAGAUUCAAAUGGAAGAAAUUCGAACAAUUAAUACUAUCAAUUAACGAGAAGUGCACUCUCGCGUCUAAUAUGAUCAAGAUUUCGAUCAUAUCAGCAGAGACAAUGCAAAUAAAGGCAAUUGAAACAGAGAUAGAUAAGUAUGAGAAUUUUGUUAUUGAAGGAGUUGAUGAAAAUGUAUUGGAGGCAGGCGCUAUAAGAUUCGCUGCUACAUACCAAUUUGUAUAA